AUGAGCGAAGUCGGUAUACAGAAUCACAAGAAAGCGGUGACAAAACCCAGAAGAAGAGAAAAAGUCAUCGAGCUAAUUGAAGUGGACGGCAAAAAGGUGAGUACGACUUCAACCGGUAAACGUAAAUUCCAUAACAAAUCAAAGAAUGGGUGCGAUAACUGUAAAAGAAGAAGAGUUAAGUGUGAUGAAGGGAAGCCAGCCUGUAGGAAGUGCACAAAUAUGAAGUUGGAAUGUCAGUAUACACCAAUCCAUUUAAGGAAAGGUAGAGGAGCAACAGUAGUGAAGUAUGUCACGAGAAAGGCAGACGGUAGCGUGGAGUCUGAUUCAUCGGUAGAUUUACCUCCUACGAUCAAGAAGGAGCAGACACCGUUCAAUGAUAUCCAAUCAGCGGUAAAAGCUUCAGGCUCAUCCAAUGAUUCCUUUCCAUCAAGCGCCUCUACAACUAAGAGUGAGAGCGAGGAAAAGUCAUCGGCCCCUAUAGAGGACAAAAACAAUAUGACUCCUCUAAGUAUGGGCCUCCAGGGUACCAUCAAUAAGAAAGAUAUGAUGAAUAACUUUUUCUCUCAAAAUGGCACUAUUGGUUUUGGUUCUCCUGAAAGAUUGAAUUCAGGUAUCGAUGGCUUACUAUUACCGCCAUUGCCUUCUGGAAAUAUGGGUGCGUUCCAACUUCAGCAACAGCAGCAAGUGCAGCAGCAAUCUCAACCACAGACCCAAGCGCAGCAAGCAAGUGGAACUCCAAACGAGAGAUAUGGUUCAUUCGAUCUUGCGGGUAGUCCUGCAUUGCAAUCCACGGGAAUGAGCUUAUCAAAUAGUCUAAGCGGGAUGUUACUAUGUAACAGGAUUCCUUCCGGCCAAAACUACACUCAACAACAAUUACAAUAUCAAUUACACCAGCAGCUGCAAUUGCAACAGCAUCAGCAAGUUCAGCUGCAGCAGUAUCAACAAUUACGUCAGGAACAACACCAACAAGUUCAGCAACAACAACAGGAACAACUCCAGCAAUACCAACAACAUUUUUUGCAACAGCAGCAACAAGUACUGCUUCAGCAAGAGCAACAACCUAACGAUGAGGAAGGUGGCGUUCAGGAAGAAAACAGCAAAAAGGUAAAGGAAGGGCCUUUACAAUCACAAACAAGCGAAACUACUUUAAACAGCGAUGCUGCUACAUUACAAGCUGAUGCAUUAUCUCAGUUAAGUAAGAUGGGGCUAAGCCUAAAGUCGUUAAGUACCUUUCCAACAGCUGGUAUUGGUGGUGUUUCCUAUGACUUUCAGGAACUGUUAGGUAUUAAGUUUCCAAUAAAUAACGGCAAUUCAAGAGCUACUAAGGCCAGCAACGCAGAGGAAGCUUUGGCCAAUAUGCAAGAGCAUCAUGAACGUGCAGCUGCUUCUGUAAAGGAGAAUGAUGGUCAGCUCUCUGAUACGAAGAGUCCAGCGCCAUCGAAUAACGCCCAAGGGGGAAGUGCUAGUAUUAUGGAACCUCAGGCGGCUGAUGCGGUUUCGACAAUGGCGCCUAUAUCAAUGAUUGAAAGAAACAUGAACAGAAACAGCAACAUUUCUCCAUCAACGCCCUCUGCAGUGUUGAAUGAUAGGCAAGAGAUGCAAGAUUCUAUAAGUUCUCUAGGAAAUCUGACAAAAGCAGCCUUGGAGAACAACGAACCAACGAUAAGUUUACAAACAUCACAGACAGAGAAUGAAGACGAUGCAUCGCGGCAAGACAUGACCUCAAAAAUUAAUAACGAAGCUGACCGAAGUUCUGUUUCUGCUGGUACCAGUAACAUCGCUAAGCUUUUAGAUCUUUCUACCAAAGGCAAUCUGAACCUGAUAGACAUGAAACUGUUUCAUCAUUAUUGCACAAAGGUCUGGCCUACGAUUACAGCGGCCAAAGUUUCUGGGCCUGAAAUAUGGAGGGACUACAUACCGGAGUUAGCAUUUGACUAUCCAUUUUUAAUGCACGCUUUGUUGGCAUUCAGUGCCACCCAUCUUUCGAGGACUGAAACUGGACUGGAGCAAUACGUUUCAUCUCACCGCCUAGACGCUCUGAGAUUAUUAAGAGAAGCUGUUUUAGAAAUAUCUGAGAAUAACACCGAUGCGCUAGUUGCCAGCGCCCUGAUACUAAUCAUGGACUCGUUAGCAAAUGCUAGUGGUAACGGCACUGUAGGAAACCAAAGUUUGAAUAGCAUGUCACCAAGCGCUUGGAUCUUUCAUGUCAAAGGUGCUGCAACAAUUUUAACCGCUGUGUGGCCUUUGAGUGAAAGAUCUAAAUUUCAUAACAUUAUAUCUGUUGAUCUUAGCGAUUUAGGCGAUGUCAUUAACCCUGAUGUUGGAACAAUUACUGAAUUGGUAUGUUUUGAUGAAAGUAUUGCCGAUUUGUAUCCUGUCGGCUUAGAUUCGCCAUAUUUGAUAACACUAGCUUAUUUAGAUAAAUUGCACCGUGAAAAAAACCAGGGUGAUUUUAUUCUGCGGGUAUUUACAUUUCCAGCAUUGCUAGACAAGACAUUCCUGGCAUUACUGAUGACAGGUGAUUUAGGUGCAAUGAGAAUUAUGAGAUCAUAUUAUAAACUACUUCGAGGAUUUGCCACAGAGGUCAAGGAUAAAGUCUGGUUUCUCGAAGGAGUCACGCAGGUGCUGCCUCAAGAUGUUGACGAAUACAGUGGAGGUGGUGGUAUGCAUAUGAUGCUAGAUUUCCUCGGUGGCGGAUUACCAUCGAUGACAACAACAAAUUUCUCUGAUUUUUCGUUAUGA